GGACGCCUCCUCCUUCUCGAAAUCGGUUAGUUUCUUGUCAUGUAUCCUCUUUUCAUUGCUGCAUUGAUUGAUUUGUAGGAGGCGAUGAAGAAGAAGAGCCAUACUAACGUACAUUUUGACUAUGGAGGGUACUAUUCAGAAGGGAAUGAGUGGAUUUAUAAAAAUUCACUAUACGCUAUAUCGUUUAAGACGGCAUGUUUAGAGAAGAUAACUUAUUCGGUGCUAUUAGAUAAGAUCACUACGAAGGUUGGCCAGAAUGGAGUCCCUGGGAAUCUGAGACUGAGUUACAAUCUAUCUAAAGCUCGGAGAGAGACAUAUAUUGUAGAUGAUGAGGACGUAUACAUUUUUUUAACAGAAUGUGAUGAAGAGGGUCGUAUUCCAGUUUUGCAUGUGGAGCUAUUAAGUGACAAUAACCAGAGGGUGGAAGUGUUAGUACCGGAGCGUCGAAGUUCAGUUGGUGUGAAUUAUGUAGAGCUAGUGAAUGUGAAUGAAGGUAUGGAAGUUGUGGCUGUGGAAAGGUCGAUGGAUAACCAUUUGGAUGAAGAUGUGGAUGGUAUGUUUGAUUUUGAUGAUAUUCCAGCUAUUCCAAAUCGUGUAAAAGGUACUCCAAAGAAUAUAGAAUGGGAAGAUGGUACGGGUAUAGAACUUUAUCAAGAAUUUUGUUCUAAGGAGGCACUAUGGGAAUUGGUAAACAAAGCUGCAAAACAAUUAGUUUAUGGGGUUUUAACAAUUAAGUCUGACCCGUUGAGACUUAUGUUACGAUGCAAACAAUAUUCUCAAGGGUGUAAAUGGUAUUUACGAGUUGCGAGAACAAAGCAAUCAGAUUAUUGGAGUGUUAGAGUGCAUAGAAAGAUCCAUACAUGCUCGCGGUCUGUUGAGUCUACAAGCAAUAGUGUACAGAGAGGAACACCACGAUUAAUAGCAGCUGUUUUACAUGCUGACUUUCCAGGUAAUCUACAGACCCCAAAUCCAAAAAGCAUCAUGUCUAUUGUGACAGGAAGACUUGGUGUGCAUUGUUCAUACUCCACUGCAUUAAGAGGGAAAAUGCAGCAUGUUAGUGAAGUGAGAGGUGGACCAGAAAAAAGCUACAAGAUGUUGUUUUCUUAUCUCUAUAUGUUAGAGAAGGUAAAUAGAGGGACUGUAACAAGUGUGGAGUUGGAAGAGAAGAAGUUCAAGUACCUAUUCAUCGCUUUGGGAGCUAGCAUUGAAGAUAUGCCUUAUAGUUACUCCCAACCCUCCACAUCCGCAGAAAGUAUCAAUAGUGGAGGCCGAAAUGCGGACGCCAAUUAUGGUGUUCCGAAGAGGUGUUUCUGCGGUUUAAUGGUCAAGCUUGAGCGGUGUAUAACAGGACAGCGACAAGGCGAGCGCGUAUACAUAUGCCCAUUGCUUACGGAUGGAGACGAAUAUAAGGUUAAUCGAGAUCACCUAGUUCAGUGGUGGGAUUGUGCGGUUACUGAGGAGCUGUCCAAGAUAAACCUACGAUUUGACGUUUUAACCUCUCUUGAAUCUGCGAGGGCUGGAUUUCCACCUGCUUUGGAGUCGAUCCGAGAAACUCUUCGUCUUAUGCGUGAAGAAAUUGAUGCCCUUAAAGCGAGGUUAGCCACAAAAGAAGUCGAGAUUGCGAGGCUUAAGGGGUUACUUUCAAGUUGGUAAUAUUGUAUGAUUACCACCUAGUCUUUGUAAUAUUUG